UAAGCGGCGGACUAAUCGGCACCUACCUGAAACAAACCAAGGGCUGCAUUCACGAAGGUUACCUAAAAACCCCCCUGGAGGACUUAUCCGAAACUUCAAGCGGCGACAAGUUCAAGGCGUACGUUUUACACGUUCACCCUGUAACAAAACAGACCCAUUUUACCUUACGUCCGACUCUCACGGCCGCAUCUAAACACAAGAACGGCCCCGUUUUAACUUGCCAGUUCGUGAAAAGGACGAAGAUGGGCAUCCUUCUGCGACUGGCCGACGGCGCCGUGGGCUUCGUCGCUCGGAAACGGCUCGACAUGCUAAGCCUCGACGACGUGCCGUCCAAGUGUCGCAUCUUGGACUAUCGACACUUGGAACAGCUCUACAUUUGUAGCUUCGAUACGGACGCACCCGACAAAACUGACGAAACUGACAAUUUAAAAAUCGGACAAACGGUUCGCGCCACCAUUUCCGGUAUAAACUCGAAAGGAAUCGCGCUAAAACUCGGAAAAGUCGGCGGGUUUAUACAAAAUGUACACCUCGCCGACGAGCCGUACGAUAACGAGGUUAAAGAAAGAUUCAAAGUUGGCGACGUUAUCUCCGCAAAAGUUUGGAAUAUCAACGAAGGCGGAGUGUACUUUACUUGUAAGGAGGCGUUGUUGGACAAGGAGGUCGGUCCGAUGUCGCUUGAAGACUUCGAAAUUAAUAAGCCGUACCCUGGCGUUGUAGUGAAUAAGAGUAAAAAGGGGAUUAUGGUGGUCUUCUUCGGCGAUGUGAGGGGGAUACUUUUUAAGGACUAUUUGAAUAGAAUAUUUGGGAAUCAGUGGCAGGAUGCGAUGUACGAAGGCGAAGUGGUACUUCCCGUCGUUGAAAAAAUGGAAAACGGCAUACUCCGCCUAAAAUUUAGCGUACCCGAAGUUCACUCGGUAGCUCGUCCGUUAAACGUGGGCGAAUACGUUGCGGCCCAAGUUACACAGAAUAUACCGCAAGGGCUUCAUAUAACCAUCCCAAGGAAAAAUCAAAAAGGAUUUAUACCUGUGGCGCAUCUGAGCUGCAGCUUGUCGUUGACGCCGCAGUUAUUGGACACGUACAACGUCGGCGAUGAUUUGGACGAUUUGAUGUGCGUGUCUGCCGAUGACAAGACGUUUUCCAUACGAGAAGGUCGACGAUUCAAGCUGAGAGGUGCGCAGGUGCCUUCGUCGAGCGAUGUACGAGUGGGAUCGUUGCUGAGGUGCUCCUACUUGAAAUCUUACAAUCAGCGAGUCUGCGUUUCCGCCCUGGUCGCACCCAAGCCGAUGGUUUUAAAUCUCUACAACAACGAGAUGGAUGUCGAGUCAAAUCGCAAAUUUGCCAGUCAGCAAGGAAUCACUGUCAGAGUAACACGCAUUAAUAACGAUAGGAAGCGGAUUAAAGUAUCGGCCCGUACUACUGAUGUUUACGAUUGGAGCUUGGAGGACGCGGUGUAUGAAUUAGAACAAUAUUUAAGUGAUAUACGCAGAAUACAAGAUCGUUCCUCGCACGUAACGAAAUGUUGCCUGGGACAGCAAGUGGAUUGCACAGUGAAGACGGUUGCAAAGGAUUACGCGACAGUAACUGUGGAGGGGGACGUUGAGGGGAUCGUUGUGAAACAUCACUGCUUGGCCAAGAUGGAAGUUGGUGCCGAAGUCCGAGGACUGGUGCUAUGGGUAGACGUUCAAAAAAAUCUGAUGAUCAUUUCACUGAAGAUGGACCAAUUAAAUUUCAAACAUGAUUCCAAGGCCCAUUUGAAUACCUCCACUGAAGCUUCCGUUCUGUAUUUUAACGACGACUUCGCAAUGGUAAUCACUAAAAGUAAUCACGCCGUCUUCAUUCCAAUGUUGAGCAACAAUAAAUUUUUGAUGGUUGGUCAAUACAAACCCAAUCAGAAAGUCAAUGUAAUCGUUAAACGUAUAGUCAACGGUAUGGCGGUGGGUAUCGAUGAAGCUAUUUUUAAGAGAUUUAGUUCUAAGCAAAAAGUGGCGCCAUCUGUGGAGAAGGUUAUAAAAAGCGAAGAUGAAGAGCCAGUGGAUGGCAAUGUUUCUAGUUUAGAGGAGGAGAGCAACAACGAUGAAAAGGAAAUUUCACCUGCAAAUGAAAAUUCCCAACGCAAGACGGUAGCCCCCACCUUGCCAGGCCUCGAUAACUUCUUCAGCGCGCCAAAAGUGGUCGAAUCGGAAAGCUCGUCAGACGAAGAGGUGCCGCGCGAAAGGAAGUCAAAGAAGAAGAAGAAGCUCACCGCGGCGGAGCGUACCGAAAUGAUACGUCAUAAUGAGGAGAAAAUUCGCGCCAAGGAAAUCGAAUUGGCCGACGCGUCCCUGGAGCCCGACAGCGAGGAGCGUUUCGAACGGCUCGUCGCCGGCAAUCCGAACAGCUCCGAAUUAUGGGCCAAGUAUAUCGCGUACUGUGUGUCGAAUGCAGAAAUCCAAAAAGCGCGAACUAUUGCGAGACAUGCGCUGAAACGGAUCGAUCUCAAUGAGACAGUCGAACGCUACAACGUGUGGAUUACGCUGUUAAAUUUGGAAAACAGCUACGGUGACAAAGAUUCCUUUAAUGCCGCGUUUGAGGAGGCGGCGAGGUGCAAUGACGACCUGCAAAUCUACCUGGACGUCAUCGACUUAUUUGCAAACUCAAAAAGAUACUCGGAAAUGAACGAAAAAAUCAAGAAGAUGAAAACGAAACAUAAGACCGAUCCGAAAAUGUGGACGGGCAUCGCGCGCGUCUAUUACAAGUGUGGCCACCUACAGGACGCACGAAACGUGCACAGUUCCGCACUCAAGACCGUCCACAGCAAAGCAGACCAUGUCGACCUUGUUGUUCAGUUUGCGGUGAUGGAAUUUAAGUACGGCGAAAAGCACCACGCCGAGGCGCUGUUCGAAACCGUAUUACAAGAGAAUCCCAAGCGGGUCGACGUGUGGAGCACGUACGUCGAUCAAAUGGUGAAGAAAGACAACAUAGAGGGCGCUAGGAGAGUAUUAGAACGGGCUGUUUGUAAUAGCAUACCUCCGAAAAAAAUGAAGAUCUUAUUUAAGAAGUUUAAGGAGUUGGAAUUGAAGUUCGGUAACGAGGAAAGUGUUCAACAUGUAAUUGAGUUAGCAAAGCAGUACUUAGGGAAUAAAUUGUAAUAAAGAUAUUAGUACUC